AUGGGCGCCAGUAGCCAUAUUGGAAACAGUCAAAGUACUUGGAUGUGGUACGGAGUAAUGGACGCCAUUUACGGUCACAGGCUGGCAAACCAAGGCAGGGAGGGAGAUCUGGACUCGGCGUCUGCACUUCUCGAAUCCAUUAUGGAGCUUGUUGGUAAGUAUUUUUUUCACUUGGCGUUGACUUUAGCUCUGCUAUCCAUUUUUAAAAAUCACUACACAAAACCAUUCACGCUUUGCACAAAAAACACAUUUUAUUUGUACAGUGGAAUGAAACACAACACAUUUAUUUGUACAGUGAAAGGAAACACAACACAUUUAUUUGUAAAGUGGAAUGAAAGGAAAGGGUAGGGUAGUUAGCUAGCAUCUAAUUGUUUACUAGCUCAGCAUUCCAUUGUUUACUACCUGAUGCUAACUGCCAUUUUAGAUAGUUAACCAUUAACAUUGUGUAUUAUCAUUGUUUGUGUAUCAAACUCGUGAUCUGUGCAUUUUCAGAUACAGUUGAGGGACUCUCCAAUGAUGCCUCAACCUUUUCCGAUGAUGCUCCAUCCACGUCGUCCAGUAGCGACAGUACAAUGGUGUCAACGCCGACCCAACCACAGAUUAAGCCCAAUGCACCCCGGCAUCAACACACUGGUAAGACAUGAUGAUCAGAGUGAAAGUUGUAAUUGUGCAUUUUCCUAACUUUUAUUUCACAUGAAAAUUCUCUGUACAGUUUAUUUUUGCAUGAUAAAAUCUAUAAUCCUAAUUGUACAUUGUCUGUAUAUACUGCUAUUGAAUUUUCUUCAUUGUGUUUUGAGCUUCUCUUGUAUAUAUUGAGUUUAUUUUAAUUUGUGUUUACACGGUUUUAUGUUUUAUAUCUGUUCUUUAUUUACAUUAUGUUAAUUAUAUAUCUUUUGUAUAUUCCAGGUGAUAAGAGACGGUAUGCAGCUGGAUGUGCGCACAGUCAUGGAGGAGAUGCGGGCAGCAGAUGA